UCAAGCAGCCAAUAUAUGCCUCAUUCUGCAGCAGGUAAUCUAAGAUAGAUAUAACAGAAGCAAUAUUAAGAAUUAGCAGAUAUGCUAAGUGUAGUGGAAGGCAUCUUCAUUUUUGUUGUAAUUACUGAGUCAGUAUUUGGGGUUUUGGGGAAUGGAUUUAUUGGACUUGUAAACUGCAUUGACUGUGCCAAGAAUAAGUUAUCUACGAUUGGCUUUAUUCUCACCGGCUUAGCUAUUUCAAGAAUUUUUCUGAUAUGGAUAAUAAUUACAGAUGGAUUUAUAAAGAUAUUCUCUCCAGAUAUAUAUGCCUCCGGUAACCUAAUUGAAUAUAUUAGUUACUUUUGGGUAAUUAGCAAUCAAUCAAGUAUGUGGUUUGCCACCAGCCUCGGCAUCUUCUAUUUCCUGAAGAUAGCAAAUUUUUCCAACUACAUAUUUCUCUGGUUGAAGAGUAGAACAAAUAUGGUUCUUCCCUUUAUGAUAGUAUUCUUACUUAUUUCAUUGUUACUUAAUUUUGCACACAUUGCGAAGAUUCUUAAUGAUCAUAAAAUGAAGAAUGACACAGUCUGGCAUCUCAACUUAUAUAAAAGUGAAUACUUUAUUAAACAGGUUUUGCUAAAUCUGGGAGUCAUUUUCUUCUUUACACUAUCCCUAAUUACAUGUGUUUUGUUAAUCAUUUCCCUUUGGAGACACAACAGGCAGAUGCAAUCGAAUGUGACAGGAUUGAGAGACUCCAACACAGAAGCUCAUGUGAAGGCAAUGAAAGUUUUGGUAGCUUUCAUCAUCCUCUUUAUCUUGUAUUUUAUAGGCAUGGCCAUAGAAAUAUCAUAUUUUACUGUGCCAGAAAACAAACUGCUGCUUAUGUUUGGAAUGACAACCACAGCCAUCUAUCCCUGGGGUCACUCAUUUAUCUUAAUUCUAGGAAACAGCAAGCUAAAGCAAGCCUCUCUGAGGGUACUACAGCAAUUGAAGUGCUGUGAGAAAAGGAAAAAUCUCAGAGUCACAUAGACACCUUGGGGUGAAAUGGAU